CACAGAAGAUUUCAUUUGCUCUGAUGCUUUUCACCGCAAAGACAGCCAGAAAGAGCUAAUAAGAAAAACAGAGUAAUCUUACUCACUAUAUUGGACUUUCACUCUUGUGAGACGCCAUGGAAGAGAAAUUAUCAAGCAAAAGCAAGGGGAUGCCAAUUAGAUCCAGAGCUGCGGUUAGUCGUGUAGCUGGUGAGCCACUAGUGAUAGAGGGGAUCUUUGUGGCACCGCCAAUGCCCCGUGAAGUUCGAAUUCGAAUAAUUUGCACCUCUCCCAGUAAUACCGAUGUCGCCUUUUCCAAAAUGAAGGAAUCACCUGGAAUUUUCCCAAGAAUUUUGGGUCACGAAGCCAUAGGGGUUGUGGAGAGUGUAGGAGAAGAUGUAGAAGAGGUAAGUGAAGGAGACACAGUGAUCCCAACAUUCUUGCCAGAUUGCGGGGAAUGUGUAGAUUGCAAAUCAAUUAAGAGCAAUCUCUGUUCAAAACUUCCCUAUAAGCUCUCACCUUGGAUGCCUAGAUAUCCUGAGACGACCAGAUUCACAGGCCUCAAUGGGGAGCCUAUAUACCAUUUUCUGUCCGUGUCAAGUUUUAGUGAGUAUACCGUGGUAGACAUUGCCCACGUGACCAAAAUCGACCACGUGACAGCUCCAAAUCGGGCAUGUCUUCUCGGCUGUGAGGUAUCAACUGGGGUGGCUGCUGCUUGGAAGAAGGCAAAUGUGGAGGCAGGAUCAACUGUUGCUAUAUUUGGACUAGGCUCAGUAGGAUUAGCUGUUGCAGAGGGAGCAAGACUAUGCGGAGCUACCAGAAUUAUUGGUGUCGACUUGAACCCCCACAAAUUUGAAGUUGGGAAAAAGUUUGGAAUAACAGACUUUGUCAAUCCUAAAAACACCGGGGGAAAACCCGUGAGUGAGAUGAUCAUGGAGAUGACGGGGGUUGGCGCGGAUUAUUGCUUUGAGUGUGUUGGAAAUGCAUCCUUGGUGCAAGAAGCAUAUGCUUGCUGCCGAAAGGGUUGGGGCAAAACAAUCAUGUUAGGUGUGGACAAGCCAGGGUCACAGGUGACCCUUCCCUCAUACAAUAUCCUUCACCAUGGGAAAACCCUUUUGGCAUCCUUAUUCGGGGGAAUCAAACCCAAGUCUGAUAUUCCUAUCCUCCUUAAACGUUACCUAGACAAGGAACUUCAGCUGGAUGAGUUCGUUACGCACGAGUUUAAGUUUGAAGACAUCAACAAAGCUUUUGAUCUACUCACUGAAGGGAAGUGUCUCAGAUGUGUGAUAUGGAUGAACAAAUGAGUACAACUCCUACUAGUGACAGGUUUUUCUUUCAACCUCAGCAUGUGUCCCAAAUUCAAUAUUAUUCUUUGGCUAGUUUGUUUUGGUGUUGAAAAAGUGACAGUUUUGUACGUAAAACCAUUAAACUGGACAGUACUUAUUGUUUUCUCUGCUAUAAGUACAAGUUGUGGCUAAAAUUAUGAGAU